AUGAGGUGCCUCAAAACGCAGCGCAUACAGGCAGGCGGCACGCGCCACCUGGGGGAGGUCAGCCUGGCGAGACGAGAAGGGGACGGCGGGUGGCGGGAUGUGUGGGAGCGAGAUGGGGAUGCGUGGGAGCGAGAUGGGGAUGCGUGGGAGCGAGAUGGGGAUGCGUGGGAGCGAGAUGGGGAUGCGUGGGAGCGAGAUGGGGAUGCGUGGGAGCGAGAUGGGGAUGCGUGGGAGCGAGAUGGGGAUGCGUGGGAGCGAGAUGGGGAUGCGUGGGAGCGAGAUGGGGAUGCGUGGGAGCGAGAUGGGGAUGCGUGGGAGCGAGAUGGGGAUGCGUGGGAGCGAGAUGGGGAUGCGUGGGAGCGAGAUGGGGAUGCGUGGGAGCGAGAUGGGGAUGCGUGGGAGCGAGAUGGGGAUGCGUGGGAGCGAGAUGGGGAUGCGUGGGAGCGAGAUGGGGAUGCGUGGGAGCGAGAUGGGGAUGCGUGGGAGCGAGAUGGGGAUGCGUGGGAGCGAGAUGGGGAUGCGUGGGAGCGAGAUGGGGAUGCGUGGGAGCGAGAUGGGGAUGCGUGGGAGCGAGAUGGGGAUGCGUGGGAGCGAGAUGGGGAUGCGUGGGAGCGAGAUGGGGAUGCGUGGGAGCGAGAUGGGGAUGCGUGGGAGCGAGAUGGGGAUGCGUGGGAGCGAGAUGGGGAUGCGUGGGAGCGAGAUGGGGAUGCGUGGGAGCGAGAUGGGGAUGCGUGGGAGCGAGAUGGGGAUGCGUGGGAGCGAGAUGGGGAUGCGUGGGAGCGAGAUGGGGAUGCGUGGGAGCGAGAUGGGGAUGCGUGGGAGCGAGAUGGGGAUGCGUGGGAGCGAGAUGGGGAUGCGUGGGAGCGAGAUGGGGAUGCGUGGGAGCGAGAUGGGGAUGCGUGGGAGCGAGAUGGGGAUGCGUGGGAGCGAGAUGGGGAUGCGUGGGAGCGAGAUGGGGAUGCGUGGGAGCGAGAUGGGGAUGCGUGGGAGCGAGAUGGGGAUGCGUGGGAGCGAGAUGGGGAUGCGUGGGAGCGAGAUGGGGAUGCGUGGGAGCGAGAUGGGGAUGCGUGGGAGCGAGAUGGGGAUGCGUGGGAGCGAGAUGGGGAUGCGUGGGAGCGAGAUGGGGAUGCGUGGGAGCGAGAUGGGGAUGCGUGGGAGCGAGAUGGGGAUGCGUGGGAGCGAGAUGGGGAUGCGUGGGAGCGAGAUGGGGAUGCGUGGGAGCGAGAUGGGGAUGCGUGGGAGCGAGAUGGGGAUGCGUGGGAGCGAGAUGGGGAUGCGUGGGAGCGAGAUGGGGAUGCGUGGGAGCGAGAUGGGGAUGCGUGGGAGCGAGAUGGGGAUGCGUGGGAGCGAGAUGGGGAUGCGUGGGAGCGAGAUGGGGAUGCGUGGGAGCGAGAUGGGGAUGCGUGGGAGCGAGAUGGGGAUGCGUGGGAGCGAGAUGGGGAUGCGUGGGAGCGAGAUGGGGAUGCGUGGGAGCGAGAUGGGGAUGCGUGGGAGCGAGAUGGGGAUGCGUGGGAGCGAGAUGGGGAUGCGUGGGAGCGAGAUGGGGAUGCGUGGGAGCGAGAUGGGGAUGCGUGGGAGCGAGAUGGGGAUGCGUGGGAGCGAGAUGGGGAUGCGUGGGAGCGAGAUGGGGAUGCGUGGGAGCGAGAUGGGGAUGCGUGGGAGCGAGAUGGGGAUGCGUGGGAGCGAGAUGGGGAUGCGUGGGAGCGAGAUGGGGAUGCGUGGGAGCGAGAUGGGGAUGCGUGGGAGCGAGAUGGGGAUGCGUGGGAGCGAGAUGGGGAUGCGUGGGAGCGAGAUGGGGAUGCGUGGGAGCGAGAUGGGGAUGCGUGGGAGCGAGAUGGGGAUGCGUGGGAGCGAGAUGGGGAUGCGUGGGAGCGAGAUGGGGAUGCGUGGGAGCGAGAUGGGGAUGCGUGGGAGCGAGAUGGGGAUGCGUGGGAGCGAGAUGGGGAUGCGUGGGAGCGAGAUGGGGAUGCGUGGGAGCGAGAUGGGGAUGCGUGGGAGCGAGAUGGGGAUGCGUGGGAGCGAGAUGGGGAUGCGUGGGAGCGAGAUGGGGAUGCGUGGGAGCGAGAUGGGGAUGCGUGGGAGCGAGAUGGGGAUGCGUGGGAGCGAGAUGGGGAUGCGUGGGAGCGAGAUGGGGAUGCGUGGGAGCGAGAUGGGGAUGCGUGGGAGCGAGAUGGGGAUGCGUGGGAGCGAGAUGGGGAUGCGUGGGAGCGAGAUGGGGAUGCGUGGGAGCGAGAUGGGGAUGCGUGGGAGCGAGAUGGGGAUGCGUGGGAGCGAGAUGGGGAUGCGUGGGAGCGAGAUGGGGAUGCGUGGGAGCGAGAUGGGGAUGCGUGGGAGCGAGAUGGGGAUGCGUGGGAGCGAGAUGGGGAUGCGUGGGAGCGAGAUGGGGAUGCGUGGGAGCGAGAUGGGGAUGCGUGGGAGCGAGAUGGGGAUGCGUGGGAGCGAGAUGGGGAUGCGUGGGAGCGAGAUGGGGAUGCGUGGGAGCGAGAUGGGGAUGCGUGGGAGCGAGAUGGGGAUGCGUGGGAGCGAGAUGGGGAUGCGUGGGAGCGAGAUGGGGAUGCGUGGGAGCGAGAUGGGGAUGCGUGGGAGCGAGAUGGGGAUGCGUGGGAGCGAGAUGGGGAUGCGUGGGAGCGAGAUGGGGAUGCGUGGGAGCGAGAUGGGGAUGCGUGGGAGCGAGAUGGGGAUGCGUGGGAGCGAGAUGGGGAUGCGUGGGAGCGAGAUGGGGAUGCGUGGGAGCGAGAUGGGGAUGCGUGGGAGCGAGAUGGGGAUGCGUGGGAGCGAGAUGGGGAUGCGUGGGAGCGAGAUGGGGAUGCGUGGGAGCGAGAUGGGGAUGCGUGGGAGCGAGAUGGGGAUGCGUGGGAGCGAGAUGGGGAUGCGUGGGAGCGAGAUGGGGAUGCGUGGGAGCGAGAUGGGGAUGCGUGGGAGCGAGAUGGGGAUGCGUGGGAGCGAGAUGGGGAUGCGUGGGAGCGAGAUGGGGAUGCGUGGGAGCGAGAUGGGGAUGCGUGGGAGCGAGAUGGGGAUGCGUGGGAGCGAGAUGGGGAUGCGUGGGAGCGAGAUGGGGAUGCGUGGGAGCGAGAUGGGGAUGCGUGGGAGCGAGAUGGGGAUGCGUGGGAGCGAGAUGGGGAUGCGUGGGAGCGAGAUGGGGAUGCGUGGGAGCGAGAUGGGGAUGCGUGGGAGCGAGAUGGGGAUGCGUGGGAGCGAGAUGGGGAUGCGUGGGAGCGAGAUGGGGAUGCGUGGGAGCGAGAUGGGGAUGCGUGGGAGCGAGAUGGGGAUGCGUGGGAGCGAGAUGGGGAUGCGUGGGAGCGAGAUGGGGAUGCGUGGGAGCGAGAUGGGGAUGCGUGGGAGCGAGAUGGGGAUGCGUGGGAGCGAGAUGGGGAUGCGUGGGAGCGAGAUGGGGAUGCGUGGGAGCGAGAUGGGGAUGCGUGGGAGCGAGAUGGGGAUGCGUGGGAGCGAGAUGGGGAUGCGUGGGAGCGAGAUGGGGAUGCGUGGGAGCGAGAUGGGGAUGCGUGGGAGCGAGAUGGGGAUGCGUGGGAGCGAGAUGGGGAUGCGUGGGAGCGAGAUGGGGAUGCGUGGGAGCGAGAUGGGGAUGCGUGGGAGCGAGAUGGGGAUGCGUGGGAGCGAGAUGGGGAUGCGUGGGAGCGAGAUGGGGAUGCGUGGGAGCGAGAUGGGGAUGCGUGGGAGCGAGAUGGGGAUGUGUGGGAGCGAGAUGGGGAUGCGUGGGAGCGAGAUGGGGAUGCGUGGGAGCGAGAUGGGGAUGCGUGGGAGCGAGAUGGGGAUGCGUGGGAGCGAGAUGGGGAUGUGUGGGAGCGAGAUGGGGAUGUGUGGGAGCGAGAUGGGGAUGUGUGGGAGCGAGAUGGGGAUGUGUGGGAGCGAGAUGGGGAUGUGUGGGAGCGAGAUGGGGAUGUGUGGGAGCGAGAUGGGGAUGUGUGGGAGCGAGAUGGGGAUGUGUGGGAGCGAGAUGGGGAUGUGUGGGAGCGAGAUGGGGAUGUGUGGGAGCGAGAUGGGGAUGUGUGGGAGCGAGAUGGGGAUGUGUGGGAGCGAGAUGGGGAUGUGUGGGAGCGAGAUGGGGAUGUGUGGGAGCGAGAUGGGGAUGUGUGGGAGCGAGAUGGGGAUGUGUGGGAGCGAGAUGGGGAUGUGUGGGAGCGAGAUGGGGAUGUGUGGGAGCGAGAUGGGGAUGUGUGGGAGCGAGAUGGGGAUGUGUGGGAGCGAGAUGGGGAUGUGUGGGAGCGAGAUGGGGAUGUGUGGGAGCGAGAUGGGGAUGUGUGGGAGCGAGAUGGGGAUGUGUGGGAGCGAGAUGGGGAUGUGUGGGAGCGAGAUGGGGAUGUGUGGGAGCGAGAUGGGGAUGUGUGGGAGCGAGAUGGGGAUGUGUGGGAGCGAGAUGGGGAUGUGUGGGAGCGAGAUGGGGAUGUGUGGGAGCGAGAUGGGGAUGUGUGGGAGCGAGAUGGGGAUGUGUGGGAGCGAGAUGGGGAUGUGUGGGAGCGAGAUGGGGAUGUGUGGGAGCGAGAUGGGGAUGUGUGGGAGCGAGAUGGGGAUGUGUGGGAGCGAGAUGGGGAUGUGUGGGAGCGAGAUGGGGAUGUGUGGGAGCGAGAUGGGGAUGUGUGGGAGCGAGAUGGGGAUGUGUGGGAGCGAGAUGGGGAUGUGUGGGAGCGAGAUGGGGAUGUGUGGGAGCGAGAUGGGGAUGUGUGGGAGCGAGAUGGGGAUGUGUGGGAGCGAGAUGGGGAUGUGUGGGAGCGAGAUGGGGAUGUGUGGGAGCGAGAUGGGGAUGUGUGGGAGCGAGAUGGGGAUGUGUGGGAGCGAGAUGGGGAUGUGUGGGAGCGAGAUGGGGAUGUGUGGGAGCGAGAUGGGGAUGUGUGGGAGCGAGAUGGGGAUGUGUGGGAGCGAGAUGGGGAUGUGUGGGAGCGAGAUGGGGAUGUGUGGGAGCGAGAUGGGGAUGUGUGGGAGCGAGAUGGGGAUGUGUGGGAGCGAGAUGGGGAUGUGUGGGAGCGAGAUGGGGAUGUGUGGGAGCGAGAUGGGGAUGUGUGGGAGCGAGAUGGGGAUGUGUGGGAGCGAGAUGGGGAUGUGUGGGAGCGAGAUGGGGAUGUGUGGGAGCGAGAUGGGGAUGUGUGGGAGCGAGAUGGGGAUGUGUGGGAGCGAGAUGGGGAUGUGUGGGAGCGAGAUGGGGAUGUGUGGGAGCGAGAUGGGGAUGUGUGGGAGCGAGAUGGGGAUGUGUGGGAGCGAGAUGGGGAUGUGUGGGAGCGAGAUGGGGAUGUGUGGGAGCGAGAUGGGGAUGUGUGGGAGCGAGAUGGGGAUGUGUGGGAGCGAGAUGGGGAUGUGUGGGAGCGAGAUGGGGAUGUGUGGGAGCGAGAUGGGGAUGUGUGGGAGCGAGAUGGGGAUGUGUGGGAGCGAGAUGGGGAUGUGUGGGAGCGAGAUGGGGAUGUGUGGGAGCGAGAUGGGGAUGUGUGGGAGCGAGAUGGGGAUGUGUGGGAGCGAGAUGGGGAUGUGUGGGAGCGAGAUGGGGAUGUGUGGGAGCGAGAUGGGGAUGUGUGGGAGCGAGAUGGGGAUGUGUGGGAGCGAGAUGGGGAUGUGUGGGAGCGAGAUGGGGAUGUGUGGGAGCGAGAUGGGGAUGUGUGGGAGCGAGAUGGGGAUGUGUGGGAGCGAGAUGGGGAUGUGUGGGAGCGAGAUGGGGAUGUGUGGGAGCGAGAUGGGGAUGUGUGGGAGCGAGAUGGGGAUGUGUGGGAGCGAGAUGGGGAUGUGUGGGAGCGAGAUGGGGAUGUGUGGGAGCGAGAUGGGGAUGUGUGGGAGCGAGAUGGGGAUGUGUGGGAGCGAGAUGGGGAUGUGUGGGAGCGAGAUGGGGAUGUGUGGGAGCGAGAUGGGGAUGUGUGGGAGCGAGAUGGGGAUGUGUGGGAGCGAGAUGGGGAUGUGUGGGAGCGAGAUGGGGAUGUGUGGGAGCGAGAUGGGGAUGUGUGGGAGCGAGAUGGGGAUGUGUGGGAGCGAGAUGGGGAUGUGUGGGAGCGAGAUGGGGAUGUGUGGGAGCGAGAUGGGGAUAUGGGGAUGCGUGGGGAGCGAGAUGGGGAUGCGUGGGAGCGAGAUGGGGAUGCGUGGGAGCGAGAUGGGGAUGCGUGGGAGCGAGAUGGGGAUGCGUGGGAGCGAGAUGGGGAUGCGUGGGAGCGAGAUGGGGAUGCGUGGGAGCGAGAUGGGGAUGCGUGGGAGCGAGAUGGGGAUGCGUGGGAGCGAGAUGGGGAUGCGUGGGAGCGAGAUGGGGAUGCGUGGGAGCGAGAUGGGGAUGCGUGGGAGCGAGAUGGGGAUGCGUGGGAGCGAGAUGGGGAUGCGUGGGAGCGAGAUGGGGAUGCGUGGGAGCGAGAUGGGGAUGCGUGGGAGCGAGAUGGGGAUGCGUGGGAGCGAGAUGGGGAUGCGUGGGAGCGAGAUGGGGAUGCGUGGGAGCGAGAUGGGGAUGCGUGGGAGCGAGAUGGGGAUGCGUGGGAGCGAGAUGGGGAUGCGUGGGAGCGAGAUGGGGAUGCGUGGGAGCGAGAUGGGGAUGCGUGGGAGCGAGAUGGGGAUGCGUGGGAGCGAGAUGGGGAUGCGUGGGAGCGAGAUGGGGAUGCGUGGGAGCGAGAUGGGGAUGUGUGGGAGCGAGAUGGGGAUGUGUGGGAGCGAGAUGGGGAUGUGUGGGAGCGAGAUGGGGAUGUGUGGGAGCGAGAUGGGGAUGUGUGGGAGCGAGAUGGGGAUGUGUGGGAGCGAGAUGGGGAUGUGUGGGAGCGAGAUGGGGAUGCGUGGGAGCGAGAUGGGGAUGCGUGGGAGCGAGAUGGGGAUGCGUGGGAGCGAGAUGGGGAUGCGUGGGAGCGAGAUGGGGAUGCGUGGGAGCGAGAUGGGGAUGCGUGGGAGCGAGAUGGGGAUGCGUGGGAGCGAGAUGGGGAUGCGUGGGAGCGAGAUGGGGAUGCGUGGGAGCGAGAUGGGGAUGCGUGGGAGCGAGAUGGGGAUGCGUGGGAGCGAGAUGGGGAUGCGUGGGAGCGAGAUGGGGAUGCGUGGGAGCGAGAUGGGGAUGCGUGGGAGCGAGAUGGGGAUGCGUGGGAGCGAGAUGGGGAUGCGUGGGAGCGAGAUGGGGAUGCGUGGGAGCGAGAUGGGGAUGCGUGGGAGCGAGAUGGGGAUGCGUGGGAGCGAGAUGGGGAUGCGUGGGAGCGAGAUGGGGAUGCGUGGGAGCGAGAUGGGGAUGCGUGGGAGCGAGAUGGGGAUGCGUGGGAGCGAGAUGGGGAUGCGUGGGAGCGAGAUGGGGAUGCGUGGGAGCGAGAUGGGGAUGCGUGGGAGCGAGAUGGGGAUGCGUGGGAGCGAGAUGGGGAUGCGUGGGAGCGAGAUGGGGAUGUGUGGGAGCGAGAUGGGGAUGUGUGGGAGCGAGAUGGGGAUGUGUGGGAGCGAGAUGGGGAUGUGUGGGAGCGAGAUGGGGAUGUGUGGGAGCGAGAUGGGGAUGUGUGGGAGCGAGAUGGGGAUGUGUGGGAGCGAGAUGGGGAUGUGUGGGAGCGAGAUGGGGAUGUGUGGGAGCGAGAUGGGGAUGUGUGGGAGCGAGAUGGGGAUGUGUGGGAGCGAGAUGGGGAUGUGUGGGAGCGAGAUGGGGAUGUGUGGGAGCGAGAUGGGGAUGUGUGGGAGCGAGAUGGGGAUGUGUGGGAGCGAGAUGGGGAUGUGUGGGAGCGAGAUGGGGAUGUGUGGGAGCGAGAUGGGGAUGUGUGGGAGCGAGAUGGGGAUGUGUGGGAGCGAGAUGGGGAUGUGUGGGAGCGAGAUGGGGAUGUGUGGGAGCGAGAUGGGGAUGUGUGGGAGCGAGAUGGGGAUGUGUGGGAGCGAGAUGGGGAUGUGUGGGAGCGAGAUGGGGAUGUGUGGGAGCGAGAUGGGGAUGUGUGGGAGCGAGAUGGGGAUGUGUGGGAGCGAGAUGGGGAUGUGUGGGAGCGAGAUGGGGAUGUGUGGGAGCGAGAUGGGGAUGUGUGGGAGCGAGAUGGGGAUGUGUGGGAGCGAGAUGGGGAUGUGUGGGAGCGAGAUGGGGAUGUGUGGGAGCGAGAUGGGGAUGUGUGGGAGCGAGAUGGGGAUGUGUGGGAGCGAGAUGGGGAUGUGUGGGAGCGAGAUGGGGAUGUGUGGGAGCGAGAUGGGGAUGUGUGGGAGCGAGAUGGGGAUGUGUGGGAGCGAGAUGGGGAUGUGUGGGAGCGAGAUGGGGAUGUGUGGGAGCGAGAUGGGGAUGUGUGGGAGCGAGAUGGGGAUGUGUGGGAGCGAGAUGGGGAUGUGUGGGAGCGAGAUGGGGAUGUGUGGGAGCGAGAUGGGGAUGUGUGGGAGCGAGAUGGGGAUGUGUGGGAGCGAGAUGGGGAUGUGUGGGAGCGAGAUGGGGAUGUGUGGGAGCGAGAUGGGGAUGUGUGGGAGCGAGAUGGGGAUGUGUGGGAGCGAGAUGGGGAUGUGUGGGAGCGAGAUGGGGAUGUGUGGGAGCGAGAUGGGGAUGUGUGGGAGCGAGAUGGGGAUGUGUGGGAGCGAGAUGGGGAUGUGUGGGAGCGAGAUGGGGAUGUGUGGGAGCGAGAUGGGGAUGUGUGGGAGCGAGAUGGGGAUGUGUGGGAGCGAGAUGGGGAUGUGUGGGAGCGAGAUGGGGAUGUGUGGGAGCGAGAUGGGGAUGUGUGGGAGCGAGAUGGGGAUGUGUGGGAGCGAGAUGGGGAUGUGUGGGAGCGAGAUGGGGAUGUGUGGGAGCGAGAUGGGGAUGUGUGGGAGCGAGAUGGGGAUGUGUGGGAGCGAGAUGGGGAUGUGUGGGAGCGAGAUGGGGAUGUGUGGGAGCGAGAUGGGGAUGUGUGGGAGCGAGAUGGGGAUGUGUGGGAGCGAGAUGGGGAUGUGUGGGAGCGAGAUGGGGAUGUGUGGGAGCGAGAUGGGGAUGUGUGGGAGCGAGAUGGGGAUGUGUGGGAGCGAGAUGGGGAUGUGUGGGAGCGAGAUGGGGAUGUGUGGGAGCGAGAUGGGGAUGUGUGGGAGCGAGAUGGGGAUGUGUGGGAGCGAGAUGGGGAUGUGUGGGAGCGAGAUGGGGAUGUGUGGGAGCGAGAUGGGGAUGUGUGGGAGCGAGAUGGGGAUGUGUGGGAGCGAGAUGGGGAUGUGUGGGAGCGAGAUGGGGAUGUGUGGGAGCGAGAUGGGGAUGUGUGGGAGCGAGAUGGGGAUGUGUGGGAGCGAGAUGGGGAUGUGUGGGAGCGAGAUGGGGAUGUGUGGGAGCGAGAUGGGGAUGUGUGGGAGCGAGAUGGGGAUGUGUGGGAGCGAGAUGGGGAUGUGUGGGAGCGAGAUGGGGAUGUGUGGGAGCGAGAUGGGGAUGUGUGGGAGCGAGAUGGGGAUGUGUGGGAGCGAGAUGGGGAUGUGUGGGAGCGAGAUGGGGAUGUGUGGGAGCGAGAUGGGGAUGUGUGGGAGCGAGAUGGGGAUGUGUGGGAGCGAGAUGGGGAUGUGUGGGAGCGAGAUGGGGAUGCGAGACGGAUGAUGCGGACGGGAUGCGCGGGAGCGGAUUUCUGA